CCGCCCUGUCGGAGGGAGCCGGCACUCGCGGAGCGCGGUCGGGACCCACGUCAAGAUGGCUGCUCCCUCGCUGCUGGGCUGCGGCCGGGCGGCCACCCGCAAGGUGUUGCGGCUGGAGGCCCGAGGGCUGGGAGGGGCGGCCCCCUCCGCGGCGCUCUGCACCAGGCCGGCAGGCUCCGGGACGCCGCCAGCGAAUGUAGUGGCGCCACAGGGAAGCACCAAGCUGCUAGCCAUCAAGGCACCAGUUGAAUUCCCUAAAAUGUUGUCUUCUAGCUCUCUCUUAGCAUCUUCAAACAAAGGUGAGAGCCUAUCUAGUACUAACCUCGAGGAAGCUUCCAAGCCUUCUGCUGAAGAUUUGAGGAUGUUCAUGUCAAGAAAAACUAUUGUUGCAUUUCCUCAGCGAACAGCUGUUUCUUCCCUUGAGGAGGAAAACGUCGCUUCACCUGCAACAGAAGGAGGCUUGAGGAAGGAGUUAGUUGAGGAAGAAACUUCAUCUUCAUCCAGCUCAGAUUCAGAUUCUAGCUCAGAUUCAGAGGAAGAAAGUGAUGAUUCAGAAGUUGCCAUUAAAACAAAACCCAGGUUUCCUAGACAAGAUUCUGUCUUUUCUGAGAACAUAGCGAUAAAGGCAUCAAUGCUAGCAAAAGAGAACUUGUCCCAGAAAUCCCAGAAAGAAUACGUAGCUAAGAAGAACCCACGCAAAACAGAAACUAGUAUGUCUCCUGUCAAGCAGGUCACAUUUUCUAAAACAUCAGUCAGCCAUGAAAUGCCAAAAUCCAAAGCAAGAGACCCCAAAGUAAAAUCAACUCCUAAAGAAGCUGGUCGGCAGAAGCUGGUCUUAGAACCACGCGUGGUUGAAAGCAAAGACCUGGGCAACGUCACUUACAAAUCUGAUUAUUUAGACGAAAAGUCCAUUGGAACCCAAGUAUCAGCUAUUCAGAUGAAAGCUUCAUCAGUGACUCAGGAAGACAAAAAGCAAAAACUAGUAUCCAGAGGAGAAGAAAAGAAGGUGAAGGAGGCACAGAAGGCAGAAGCAGAAGCAGCAGCUGCUCCUAAACUACAAGAGACUUCUGAAAGCACAGUGUUGGUAGUGGGCACUGCAGCAAAGGAGGAGACCAUUCAAGAAGCAGAACUCCAGGAUGGAGAAAGAGGCACAAUAGAGGAGACCACAGCAGCUGACAAGCCUGCUCCAGAAGAAUUUGAUAAUUCUACCUACAAGAACCUUCAGCACCAUGAAUACAACAUUUAUACCUUUGCUGAUUAUAUUGCUAUUCUCUCAAAAUACAGGCAGCCUCAGCCAUCUUCUGGAAGACCAUCACCAAGGCACUGAAAGAACCGCAUUUAAAACACAUGUCCAGGGAGAAUGAUAAAUUGGUCUAUUUAGCACUGUUCUAUCUAGCUUCAUCUGUAUUAUAAAUCAGACAAUAAAUAAGUGCACAAAUACCUUAUGCUUGCACUUUUGAGCAAUUCUUCUUGGAGUCCCUCCCUUCUUGAUUGUUACGAAUGAGCUGCAAAUGAAUCAUCACUCAAUAAAAAUAGGUUUUCUACUUCUCAGUAUAUAUUACUUGGUGAUAGUUUAAAGAAGUCCUGACUUUUCAGUGUCUCCAAACUUUCAAAACCAACCAUCCCAAAGAGCGUUAAUGGCCUCGGUGCAUGUGCCAUGGUCAGUGUGCACUCUGAUAUU